GUGGCCGCGACCGCCCCGCCUUAGCUCCUGCGCUAGAGAGAAACAUGUAUCGUUUCCGAUCACAGCUCUUCACGGGGAUUUCUGCUGCCGCCACCGCCCACUCUUACCCGCGCCGCUUCUCGCCUCUGUUGUUAGCCGAAGAAUCGCCUCUCAGCCGCCCGCCGCACAGACGCACGAGUAAAAAGUGCAGCUCCAUUGGCUGAUCCUCGCUAAGCUCCGAGUUUAGGCGGCACCGGGCGUCCCACGAUGCCGAAGAAUAAGAAGCGGAACACACCCCACCGUGGUGGCAGUGGUGGCGGCGGCUCAGGGGCAGCCGCAACGACGGCGGCGACAGCAGGUGGCCAGCAUCGAAAUGUUCAACCUUUUAGUGAUGAGGAUGCAUCGAUUGAAACAAUGAGCCAUUGCAGUGGUUACAGCGAUCCUUCCAGUUUUGCUGAAGAUGGACCAGAGGUCCUGGAUGAGGAAGGAACUCAAGAAGACUUAGAGUACAAGUUGAAGGGAUUGAUUGACCUAACCCUGGAUAAGAGUGCGAAGACAAGGCAGGCAGCUCUUGAAGGUAUUAAAAAUGCACUGGCUUCAAGGAUGCUUUAUGAGUUUAUUCUGGAAAGAAGAAUGACUUUAACUGACAGCAUUGAACGCUGUCUGAAGAAAGGUAAAAGUGAUGAGCAGCGUGCAGCUGCAGCCUUGGCGUCUGUUCUUUGUAUUCAGUUGGGUCCUGGAAUUGAAAGUGAAGAGGUCUUCAAGACUCUUGGACCCAUCCUGAAGAAGAUCAUUUGUGAUGGAACAGCUAGUAUCCAGGCUAGGCAAACUUGUGCAACUUGCUUUGGUGUUUGCUGUUUUAUUGCCACAGAUGACAUCACUGAGCUGUAUUCAACUUUGCAGUGUUUGGAAAAUAUCUUCACCAAGUCUUAUCUCAAAGAGAAGGACUCUAAUGUAAUUUGCAGCACCCCUAACACAGCCCUUCACAUCAGCUCGCUUCUCGCGUGGACGUUAUUACUGACCAUAUGCCCACUCAGUGAAGUCAAGAAAAAGCUUGAGAUGCAUGUCCAUAAACUUCCAAGCCUCCUCUCUUCUGAUGAUGUAAACAUGAGAAUCGCUGCGGGUGAAUCUCUGGCGCUUCUGUUUGAAUUGGCCAGAGGAAUGGAGAGUGACUUUUUUUAUGAAGACAUGGAGUCUUUGACUCAGAUGUUGAGGGCUUUGGCUACAGAUGGAAAUAAACACCGGGCCAAAGUCGAUAAGAGGAAGCAGCGGUCGGUGUUCAGAGACAUCCUGAGGGCGGUGGAGGAACGGGAUUUUCCAACAGAAACUGUUAAAUUUGGUCCUGAACGCAUGUAUGUUGAUUGCUGGGUGAAAAAACGUACUUAUGACACAUUUAAGGAGAUUCUUGGAUCAGGGAUGCAGUACCACUUGCAGUCAAAUGAAUUCCUUCGCAAUGUGUUUGAACUUGGACCCCCAGUGAUGCUUGAUGCUGCAACACUUAAAACGAUGAAGAUUUCUCGUUUCGAAAGGCAUUUAUACAAUUCUGCAGCCUUCAAAGCUCGAACAAAAGCUCGAAGCAAAUGUCGAGAUAAAAGAGCAGAUGUUGGAGAAUUCUUCUAGAUUUUUAGCAUUUGAAGACCUGUAAACACCCCCCUCCCCUUUUUGUAAUUUCUAAUGUAUUUACUCUGGAGACAGUUUUUAUCUUGGGCCAACAGCUUUUGUAGUAGGGGUUAUAUUAUAAUUUAAUGUAUAGUAUUGCAAAUGGUGAGUUCUGAUUAUUGAAUAUUCUGUAUAUAUAAUCAGUAAACUUGAAUGAAGUGUUUGUAAUGUUUGGUCAUUUUCUAUUUAUGAAGAGAGCAAAAAUAUGGUAUUUCACUUGAUUUCAUGACAAAAAACUAUUAGCCAAGGUUAAACUUCUUAUGGUGUGGUUGUCAGAAAAAUUGAUUAGAAUGGUAUAGACAACUUAAGAUCUUAGCCAAAUGAGUUCCAGACAUAAUUUUGGGAGCUAAUUCUUCUGGAAAAGCUGCUAUUAUUUUCAGUUUUAAAUGGAACCUAAUAAUUUUGUCACUGGGAUCAUCAAAGGGAAUUACAUCAUGAGGCCUUUCAGUCCAUCUGUUGGGAGUUAGGAUGAACUAGUAUCUGCCAGAAAGGUUGCUGACCUUGACCUCUGAGGGCAAUAACACUAACUUUACUUGCUGUGUAAGACCUUGUGCUCUUUUUUUUGAAAUAAAGAUCUUUUCACACCGAAA